GCCAUUGGACGCCCACACAUGCCUGCCUACUGGUCCCUGGGAUUUCACCUCUCCCGCUGGGGUUACGGCAGCCUUGAUGUUGUAAAGCAAACGGCCGAUCGCAUGCGCCGCUACAACAUCCCAUACGAUGUCCAACAUUUUGAUAUUGACUACAUGGAACGUCGACUGGACUUCACCUAUGAUAAAGUGAACUAUGCAGGUCUGCCAGAGUACCUCCAACAGCUGAAGAAGGAAGGAAAGCACAGUGUUGUGAUUCUGGACCCUUUCAUAGCUAAGGAUGAAGAACCAGGCACUUACAGGCCUUAUGAGCUUGGAGAGGAAAUGGGAGUCUGGGUGAACAACUCCGAUGGUGUAACUCCUGCUGUUGGAAAGGCCUGGCCCCCUGGAGAUUCAGUGUUUCCUGAUUACACCAAUCCCAGGACAGUUGAGUGGUGGACCCAGAUGUGUCUGGAGCUUAAGGAUGUCCUCGACUAUGAUGGGAUCUGGAUUGAUAUGAAUGAACCAUCCAAUUUCUUAAAAGGCCAAAUUCCUGGAUGUGCUGUUAAUAACAUCAAUAACCCUCCGUACGUUCCUAGAAUUUCUGAUCAUUCCCUGGCGCAAAAGACAUUGUGUCCUGACUCCAAGACUUACCUUGGAGAGCAUUACAACACACACUCUCUCUUCGGCUGGUCACAGACUGCACCGACUUUCCACAUCCAGAGGACAUGGCUAAGUGAGCCUGCUUAUGGUGUUGAUGCAGUUGUAUUUUAUAUGCCAAGCCUGGGGGAAGGGAAGUACUGGAUAAAAUCCAGAAGCAGUUUGCCAGCUCUCCAGGCAACUGGAAAGCGAGCGUUUGUCUUGAGUCGGUCUACAUUUGUUGGCAGUGGGAAGCAUGGGGGUCACUGGCUGGGUGACAACUUCUCUCAGUGGAAGGACAUGCACUAUUCAAUCAUUGGAAUGCUGGAAUUCAACCUCUUUGGCAUCCCCUACAUCGGUGCUGAUAUCUGUGGGUUUAACUAUAACACUACCUACGAACUCUGCUUGCGCUGGAUGCAGCUUGGCUCUUUCUAUCCAUUUUCCAGAAACCACAACGCAGAGGGAAAUAUGGAACAAGACCCAGCUGUGUUUGGAGGAGAGUUUGCCAAGAUCUCCCGUGCUACGCUUCGGAUCAGAUACUCACUGCUGCCAUACUUGUACACCUUGUUCUUCGAGGCUCAUGUGCACGGAAACACGGUGGUGCGGUCACUGAUGCAUGAAUUUACCUCUGAUCAGCAGACUCAUGGAAUAGAUACUGCCUUCCUUUGGGGACCUGCUUUUAUGAUUGCUCCUGUUCUUCAAGAGGGUCUUAAAGUACCAAGUACGUGGAAGAAGAAAUAUAUUACUGUGGCUGCUCCAUUGAACAAGAUUCCUCUGUUUAUCCGUGGAGGCUACAUCCUGCCCAAACAGGCACCAGCCACAACAACUACUAAGAGAAGGGACAAUGCCCAGAGGUUUGCACUGACACUUCUCAACACGUUUGUCAACAGCCGUCUGAAUCCAUUUGGGCUGGUUAUCGCCUUGGAUGAACAAGGAGAGGCGUCUGGGUCCCUCUUCUGGGACGAUGGUGAUUCAAUCGAUACUAUUGAAAAGGAGAACUACUUCUUGGCUAAAUAUACAUUCAGCAAAAGAAAUCUGAAGACAGAAAUACUUAAAAAUGGCUACCGAGGAGCUGACAGUCUGAAAUACAACAAAAUUACAAUUCUUGGCCUGAAACUCAGACCUCAUUCUGUUGUUCUGAAUGGAAGAGCCAUCCGUGGAGAUGCUUUCACUUUUGAGCUGAGUGGG